CCUCCUCCUCCAAACAUGGCGCCGGCCCGCAGCGUUGCUGCUUCCCCGACAGACGACGCAGAGAGGGACAGAAGGAGGAGAAGAAGAAGCGGGCAGCAGUCCACCCUCAACGUGUUUUAAAAACUCCUUUAAAACGAAGAUAACAUAACGCUCUUUAGGAUUUCCUCCCGGAGACUUCAAACGCGCCGCUUUUGGAGACGUUUACGCGUCAAGCUGUGCGCGUAACGGAGAGCCCACCUGUCCGACGAAGGUAGAUUUCACUCCCGUUACUUGGAGGAUGUGAAUCUCCCUGAUUUAGGUGAAAUACCGGACCGGAGCGAGCAGACAGACGGGUACCUCGGGGUCAGAGCUGGCUCUGGUAAAAACAUGUGCAGCCCUGUGAGGAGCAGAAACACAGAGGCUGUAGAGGACUGAGUCUUUCCAGGGAAAAAAACAACUUUUUCCGCUGUUCCACACCGAGAGGAUGGAUGGAGAACAUUUUGCGCUCUCAGGAGUUGAGAGGGAAAGAGAGAGGCUUCCACCAAUUUACAACAGCUCCGCUCCAGCUGGUUUUGGGCGAGGAGCCAAGCAGCCAUUUCCAUCUCUGGGCACCUUCAUCUCCACACUGAGCCAGAGGAGGGACGCAGGGGGGCGGGGCCUUGCUGGCGGCAUGACGGGUACAAUGGCCAACACCCAGUGGCUCAGACAUGGGAGAGAGCUGCCUCCGAUCUGCAGCGAUGUUCGUCAAAAGCAGCGGAUCUCCAUUGACACCCUGCCCCCAGAGGUCAAAGCUCCGUUCCCCUCUGACCCCAUCAUCCCCCUGCGGACCAAGACCACCAAGGAGUUUCAGGAGGACAUGGAGCGUGCCGUCCAAUCAGGUGACUGGAGGGAGGUCCGAGAGUUUUACCUGACCACCUUCGACUCCUUCAUAGAAAUCAACGCUGCCUUCAAGCGAGAGGCGAACGGAUCGUUUAACACCAUAGAUGAUUCAGGAGUCAACGCCAAGUUUGUCAAUGCUGUUUACGACGCACUGCUCAGCACACCUCAAGACAUCCAGAAGUCAGUGCUGAAAGGGAUCAUCAACAGCCUGCUGAGGGAGUGGAAAGGGCCUCGGACAAAAGAUGACCUGCGAGCUUAUUUCAUUCUUGUUCAGAACCCCCAGUAUUCCAACACCAGCACCUAUGUGAUCUACGCUCACUUGCUGAGGCAGAUCGCUGCUCUGUCUGAGGCCGACCACCACUUCCUGGUUCAUUGGCUUAAAAAGCUGUCGGCGAGGCGUUUCAGGCAGCUGGUAGAGCGCCUCCUGCAGUUCAUCUCCACCCGUCUGUUUCCUGCAGAACCAGACGAACUUCCUCCUCUGGCCAAGUGCUCCUGGUGGAUUCCUUCUGCUACCAAAGUCCUCGGCCUGUUCAAUGCAGCCAACAGUGUCUCCUCUACUCCCAUCAUGCCAUUCACGGACUUCUACAACAUCACUCUGGAGCACAUAGACUUCAUGGAGGAGUACAGGACCUGGCAGAGCUACGGCAACUCUAAUAGGUUUUCCUUCUGUCAGUUUCCCUUCAUCCUUUCAACGGUAGUGAAGAAAGCCAUCAUCCAGAAAGACUCUGAGCAACAGAUGAUCAGUCAAGCCAGGCAAAGCCUGGUCAGUAAAGUUUCUCGCAGGCAGAGAGUGGACAUGAACCUUCUGUUCCUCAACAUUAAAGUACGACGAGCACAGCUCCUCAGCGACUCACUGGAUGAGUUGACGAGGAAGCGGUGUGACCUGAAGAAGAAGCUGCGGGUGACGUUUGUCGGGGAGGCGGGGCUGGACAUGGGCGGCCUGACGAAGGAGUGGUUCCUGCUGCUGGUGCGACAGAUCUUCCACACAGACUACGGAAUGUUCACCUACAUGAAGGACUCGCGCUGCCAUUGGUUCAGCAGCUGGAAGUGUGACAACUAUUCGGAGUUCCAGUUGGUCGGGACUCUGAUGGGCUUAGCAGUUUACAACAGCAUCGCUCUGGACAUCCACUUCCCUCUCUACUGUUACAGGAAGCUCCUCACUCCACCUACUGUACCAUGUGACCAAAAUGCCCUUAUCGGCAUGGCAAACGCCACCCUGGACGACCUGCAGCAGAUCAUGCCGGAGCUGGCUCAUGGUUUGGGAGAGCUGCUGAGCUACGAGGGAAACGUAGAGGACGACUUCUACCUCACCUUCCAGGUGUUCCAGGAGGAGAUGGGCGUGGUGAAAUCCCACAACCUGAAGCCCGGAGGAGACAAAAUUCCCGUCACUAAGCAGAACAGGAAGGAGUACGUCCAGCUCUACGUCGACUUCCUGCUGAAUAAAUCCAUUUAUAAGCAGUUUGCUGCCUUCUACCACGGCUUCCACAGUGUGUGUGCCUCUGAUGCGCUCAUGUUGCUGCGGCCAGAGGAGGUGGAGAUGCUGGUGUGCGGGAGUCCAGAGCUCGACAUGAGCGCUCUGCAAAAAGCCGCACAGUACGAGGGAUACAGCAAGACCGAGACCACCGUACGGUGUUUCUGGGAUGUGGUGUUGGCCUUCCCUCUGGAGCUCCAGAAGAAGCUCCUGCACUUCGCCACAGGAAGUGACCGCGUUCCCGUCGGAGGAAUGGCCGACCUCAACUUCAAAAUUUCCAAGAUCGACGUUUCAACUGACUGGUUGCCGAUCUCUCACACCUGUUUUAAUCAGAUCUGUCUGCCUCCGUAUCGAACCAGGAAGGAGCUCAAACACAAACUCACCAUCGCCAUCUCCAACGCUGAGGGCUUCGGCUUGGAGUGACCAGCCUACACACACACACACACACACACUCACACUUUCACACACAUAGCCUUUUAGCAACACUAGCUAUCCGUCACAACUGCCGCACUGCACAUCAUGCAUCUCUGUGGUCGUGGAUCAGACUGUAGAGGAAACAAGGUUCUCAACAAAUGGGUUCUAAUGUCAGACAAUAUUAUCAUGGACUGUAACGCAGUUUGUGUUGUUAUUUUGGAGUCGGAUUGAUGUUUGCUCAUGUCGAUGUUUUUUAAAUUUGCAGCAGAUGUGGGAACAUUCCCUGCAGGAAAACAGAGAAAUACUAGAAAUCCUUUAUUUGCACAUGGCUGUGUUAGCUCUUUGAUAAGACAACCCUGAAGGCAGUUAUAUUUUUGAGUUUGAGAAGAUGACUUUUAGUGUCAGCCUUCCAGGAACUCCACUGAUCAAAUCACAGUCACAGUUUCAUAAACUAACAUUUAAAUAUAUCAGGUCCCAUACCAUUGAAAACAUAUCCGUAUAUAUGUUUUUUUUUAAACCUUGUAUCACUAAAUGGUUAACUUCUCUUAAAUUAUAAUAGGUUGAUGCUUUGCUCAGGUAAAUAUAAUCAAUAUAACUAUUUUUUUAACAGAUUACCAGGUACCUGCCAACCAAUGACAUUUACUUUUGUGACACUCUUUUCAAUGAGCCUCUAUCAUAAAGUCCUGAUAACUGAGGCAAAAAUCAGGCGUGAGUUCAAAAUACAUAUCCUCAAAUUACUUACAUUAAACUAGCAAUAUUAACACCCCUGAGUGUGAGGUAAAGAAAUAAUAAGAGGUAGAACAGUGUCAGUAAAAACGUAAAUUUUGGAGGGUACUCGAGAUUUAAUAUGUAUGUUUUGGUAUUUCCUGUUUUGUGUCAAUUCUGACUUCACUGCUUUGGUGACUUUUUGAAUAUAUUUUAAUGAAUGCAUAGGAAAUGUGUUUUAUAUCGUUUAGCUUAGCACAUGAUCAGGACAUAAAGCUUUGCUGGGAGAAGAACGCUAUCGUGUAUCAUGAGAUAUAGAUUGUCUUGUGAGGUUUUGUUGUUUUUUUUGACAUUGCCGCCUGUUUAACUGAACAAAAGGCUGCAGCAGAAAUGUUUGUUUUAAAUGUUGUAAUAUUAUGGUACGGUUGAACCAGAGCUGUUGAUUCACAGUUCGGUGUUUGUUUAGGUUCUCUUAUGUUGUAUUGUUGUAUCAUGGCUGCCGUGAGGCUGAGAGAUGAGCAGCUGGUAGAUGUUGACUGGUAGUCGAGUGUUGAGUGUACAGAAGAUGAAGCAGGAUGGGAAAGAAGCCAUCUUCUUGAUGUCCUGUUCUGUUUCUGUAUGUACAUGGAGGUGAAUUGUCAGACUAGUUAUUUGAGGUUUGAGAUGUUUCAGUGAUUUUGGUUUCAGUACUUACCGAUUAUUACAUUACACCAUACUCACAGUCCUGCAAAGCAGCGUCAGUUAAGCACCUACUUGUGGCAUUUAGUGCUUAUAGAUUUCCUUAUUCAUCCAAUCUUGGAAACACGACAACAUAUGUCCAUAAAUCCAAAUGACCACAUUAUUUCUUGCUGCCAAAGGUGGUCAUAGAUUUUAUUGCAGCAAUAUACAAAAUGAUUCACAUUGUCUGCCUGCGUCCUUACUUCAUGGAAACGAGUGUCUCCAACCCAGUCACCAGAAAAAAUGCUGGCAUGAUACAUGCCUGCAAACCAUGUUACAUUUGCACCGUAUUAUGUAGCAGAUAUAUUGAAACUUUAUGUUGCAACAAUGCUGUAGUUAAUGUGUGGUUAUGGUUAGGAAAAGAUCCUGUUUUGGCUUAAAAUACCCAGUUUUGGGGGGCACAAUCCCAACCAGAAGUGCAGUGAUUUAUCUGUAAAAAAAAAAACAGCUUUUUGUAGCACUAUAUCUGCUGGACAAACUCUGACAAGUUGCGAAAAAACACCCACAUUUGGUGCCUAAAAAGCUGUUGGAAACACAGCAAUGACUUGCUUAAACAUAACCAGUUUUGUUCUUUGUUGGUCUCAAACAGUGGUCUGCAGCUCUGCAGGCGACUCGCCAAGAUGUUCCACCAUCCACCAUCCCCUCUACCUCCAGAUGACAAUAUCAGCUCAAAUACUACGUCACUUUAGAUACGUUGGCACGACACUAAUGAAAUAUGCAAAUGUAACUGUAUUCAUGGUUGGAAGAAACGUAUAAUGCCAGCAUUUUCUCGUGUGUAACUGAGCUCUACUCUCAGUCUUCAGAGAUAAAAUAUGGGAAACAACACAACUCUAAUAACUGUAGUUUGAGGACAACAUCAUGGGCCAUUUGCUUUUUACAUGUUCUGUGUUCAGUAUAAAUGUUCUCACCUGCACUCAGUGCAAGUCAUGUUUUUUUUCUCCUCUUGAAUUUUAAUUUUCUUUUCAGUGGGUGCUGCAAAAUUCAGUUAAUAUGGAACUUCACGAGCAGAAACAGGUGCUUCUUGUUCUUGUGUUUUCGUUUUGGAGCUUGUACUCAGUGUGUUUACAUGCACUCAGUAACCAGGUUACCUAGAGAAACACAUUUGCAUGCACUUAUGUAACCUGGUUACAGUAAAUCAGCUUGUACAUGCAGCACACCAGCAGUCAGAGUCAGAGUAUCAGUUAAACUGUCUGGUUAGAGGUCACCGUUUCCUGCCUUUACAAACUUUUAGAUUUCCUGCGGUGUAAGAUAACUCAUUUAGACUUCCACUGGCUUCGCAUAAGUGUGUCUUUUAGUCAGACUUUGUAUGGAGUUAUGUAAGAUAGAAAAUCACAUUGCACAUUGAAAUUUUAUUUCUUGAAUCCACCUGCUCUGCUGCUACUUUUACAAUUAGACACCCAGUUAUCUGUACACAUGGCAGAGAAAUUAAUGUUCUUGAGAUAUCUAACCAGAGAAACUAGCUUCCUCCAAUGUUCUACCCCAAUGACAGAAACCAUGUUCCUGUGUUACAUGACAUCUGCUUAUGCCUAGUUCACACUACACAACUUCAGCCCUGAUUUUUCUCUGACACUUUUUGUGGCUCAGUGGUAAAAUCCCCACAUCAGAGGCAAAUUGGUGCCUGCAAAUCUGCACACGUUGGCAAUGUGUGAACUGUUCAAAGAUGUAAGCAGAGAUGCACCGCAGACGCUACACACCCUGUUGACAGACAGUCACGUAGUAUGACACCCACAACUUCAAGAUUUCCAAUUACAAGACAAGAAGGUGUGUUGUGUAAAGAGUCAAGGUAUUGUCAUACAAUAAUUAGUAUAUCUAACGAAUAAUGGCCCCAUGGUUAACGUUACGCACCAUAUAAAGUAACUUAGUUUUUUACUCCCAUCAGCGCAUUGGUUCUGUGAUCGCAGCCUUCCUGAUUACAUUGAUUACACACCCAUUACUGGCUCUUAAUUACUUGGGAUAUGUACAAUUUAUGGUGCAUUAUUUUUGUAUGCUUAUGUAUGAAUAGUGCAUGAGAACAGCCAGGAACAGUACAGCUAUCUGACAACUUUUAAUGUUAUGUAACGUGAACUAGGCCUGACAAGCCGACUGUAACCUGGUACUGAGUGCAUGUAAACGCAUUUAAUGUGAAGCAGCUAAAAGAGGCCUCUCUAGUUGCUUGCACAGCAUCAGACCUCACUGAGCUUUGAUAGAGCAGCCAAGUGGAACAGUGAGGUUUGGCUUUUGUGUGAUAAUUAGCGGUAGCCAAAAAUGCGUCGAGGAUCCAAUGAAAUGGAAGCGCUCUUCCUCUGGUGAAGCUUUAUGUAACUUUUUGGCUCUCAAGUCACUGCCAGCUCUUGUCUGGAGCUGAGCAGCGCUGGUUUUAAACACUCAGCACUGUCCUAUAUACGUGGGUUGCCAUGGUAAGAUGUCUAAAGUCCUAAAGACGAACUGGCAAAGACCCAGAAGUAACCAAGCAACGGCAAAGCAGCUCACAUCAGUCUGAUCUGGGUCACUCAUUGACUCGGUCCUGCUGAGUGUCCAUGGCUGCUUAACAACAAUGGGUCCUUUCUGUCAUUUAACGACAAGUUCAGAGCAACAGCAGGAGCCAGAAGCGACUCUUCUCCAAGCAUCUGCUCGAGGACAUCACACAACAUUCACAUCACGUUGGACUCUUUGUACAAACAAGCUGUUGACUGGGAGAAACAUGUCAGCGUCCUCCUGCUAAAUCCAAAAAGGACAUAUUUUAUGGUAUGAAAUGGGAGAUGAUGUCGCAGUAACUCGUGCUUGGACAAAUAGAUUUUUUUUUUUUUUUUGUAUUUUGAGAUGUUUAUCAGGUGUGUUAUUUGUAAAUGGGACCAAACUGUGCAGGUUAUACAGUGGAAAGGUAGCGGGAAGACCUGGGCAAAAGUCUGUUUGAAAAUAGUUCAAACUGAUUGUAAGAAUUUGUUGAGAUGUAAUUAUUUUCACUUGUCAGAUGUUUUGAAAAGUGCAGACAGCACUUAAAAGUCGAAAGGUCAUGUAUGUCUGAUGCUUCUCUUUUUUAUUUAACAAACAUAAACCUUCAGGUUCAUCAGUAUCUGUUAAAUGUUGUGUACACUAAGUUCUGUUUGGUUUUAACAUGUGUUGCGACAGUUUGUAAUGAUUCUAUCAGUGACCACAUAUACUGUGCUUCUCUGUCGCGCUAGUCUUGUGUAAUGUACUGUAUGUACUGCAUCUACAGUAAAAGUGGGCGAGGGGUCAUUGCUCUC